GAUUUGCAGGUCAGUUCGACUCGGAGUUAGCUCCAGUUAGGAUCGCCUAGUGUUUCUCUUGCUCUAUAAUUUGGAAGGAUGGUGAUUGAAAAGUGGAAGGAGUGUGGCAUUGCCACCAAAUUUCCCACUUACCGCAACUCGCCGCUGGUGACGGUGCACAGCUGGCAGAAGGGCAAGCGACAGGAUGACGAGGCCGAAGGAUUGUGGCGCAUACACGAUGGCAUCUAUGACUUUACGGAGUUUAUUGAUAAACAUCCCGGUGGUCCCUUUUGGAUACGUGAAACCAAGGGCACGGACAUCACCGAGGCGUUUGAGGCUCACCAUUUGACCUCCACGCCAGAGAAGAUGAUCAGCAAGUACAAGGUGCGGGAUGCUGCAAAGCCAAGGAUCUACACGCUAACGCUGCACGAGGAUGGCUUCUACAAGACGCUGAAGGAACGUGUGAAGCAGCAGCUCAAGACCAUUGACAAGCGUCCAAAGCGCAAGAGCGAUCUAAUCCAUCUGGGCAUCUUGCUGUCCACUUACCUCUUCGCUGUGGCCAGCGUCAAGUACAACAGUCUGUUGGCUUUGGUUCUGGCUGGCGUGGCGCUCUGCUGGACGGUGAUUGUGUCUCACAACUAUUUCCAUCGUCGCGACAACUGGCAGAUGUACACCUUCAAUCUGGGCCUGAUGAACUUCUGCGCAUGGCGUAUCUCACAUGCCAUGUCACAUCACAUCUAUCCGAAUUCCUACUACGAUCUGGAGCUGAGCAUGUUUGAACCGUUGCUCUGCUGGGUGCCCAAUCCACACAUCAAGAGCAAAGCAUUGCGCUAUGUCUCGUGGAUCACAGAGCCACUGGCCUAUGCCAUUGCCUUCUUCCUGCAAGUGCUCACGCGCAUCUACUACUCGUUGCGUCACACGAAUAUUAUGUAUUGGCACGAUCUUUUGCCCCUCACAAUACCGCUAGUCAUGUAUUUGGGAUCGUCUGGAUCGGCGGGCUUGUUGUUCUGUGUGCGCCAAUGGCUGGCGAUGACGUCGAUUGCCAGCUUUUCGUUUUGUGUAAUCGGCUUGAAUGCCGCUCAUCAUGACCCAGAGAUCUAUCACGAGGGCGACAAGAACCGUGAGGAUCGCGAUUGGGGCUUGUUCCAGGUGGACACUAUUAUCGAUCGCGGCGACUUGAAGUGGUCACAGUUCCUGGUGCUCACACACUUUGGUGAUCAUGUGCUGCAUCAUUUGUUCCCCACACUCGAUCAUGGCCUGCUCCCUGCUCUCUAUCCGGUGCUCUACGAGACGCUGGAUCAAUUCAAGGGUGAACUGCGCGAAUGCAAUCACAUCGAACACAUGAUUGGCCAGCACAAGCAACUCCUGCGCAUACAUUCCAAUCCUAGAGCUCCGGGUGAGGGCAAAUAAUUUAGCUUUAAAACUACAGCUCUAUAUUAUAGCAAACUUUUGUAUAUAACAGAAAUAAAUAUUUCAUUUUUAGCAAAACAUUAUUUUAAUAAAACACAAUUUCUUUUUUAAAUUGAUUUACAUUUAUUUUGUUCCUUUUUUGUAUACUUUUUUAAUGUAGUUUUGAUCUUUUCUUAUAAUGUGUUGAUAAAAUAAAAAAUAUUAACAUAAGCAUAAGCGCCAUGUGAUGCGAGUGUGUAUGCUGUCUGUCUGUAGGUCUAUAUUCGAUCUAUUCGUACUGGUGUUCGGAUAUACAAUAGUUUAUAUAAGACACACAAUUCGAUAACUAGAUUAUAUUCAGGUGCGACAUUUCCUCCCGGACACUUCACAGUGGACCUAUUUGACGGGGCUCAUAUUUGUUGAUGUUGUAAUGCAUGGUUUUUCAUUGUUGAAUGCGUUUUUUGUGUGUUUGUUUAGAAAGUUGUAUAAAAAUAUAUAAAUACAAUAACAGGACGUGAGAAGUGUCCCAAAGCAAAUGUCGCGCUUACAAAGCUGCCACCAACUCCCUCACAAGAAACUUAUGUAUGUCGAUCGUUGUAGUAUUCUUGUCGAUGUUUCUUGAUCUUAUUGCUAUCGGGCAUAACACCAACAUUGUUUUGAUUG